AUGAAUACUUUUUUUUUUUAUGUAAUCAGACGAUUUGCACUUUUUUACUGUGUUACACUGUUGGAACUGAAAGCCAGUUUGAAUGACAGCAAAAAUUUUCUUGGUGACUGGACUGAAUCUGUUGAGUUUCCUUGUAAAUGGACUGGUAUAACUUGCAGCCAGCAAGAACAGAAAGUGAUAUCCAUAAAUUUGCCAUACAUGCAGUUUGCCGGAACUCUAUCCCCCACCAUUGCUAAACUCGAUAAAUUACAAAGACUGGGACUUCACCAGAAUAAACUUCACGGUAUCAUCCCGGCUGAAAUUUCUCAAUGUUCUGAGCUAAGAGCCUUGUAUCUUCGAGCCAACAAUUUCGAAGGUGGCAUACCUUCAACUAUGGGAAACCUUACUCAUUUGCGUAUAUUGGAUUUGUCGAGCAAUUUACUGAAAGGUGCUAUACCAUCGUCUUUAGUUCGCCUAAGGAAUUUAACUCAUCUAAAUUUGUCUUCAAACUUCUUGUCCGGUGAGAUUCCAAAUAUUGGAGCCCUAGCCAGAUUCGGGUUCACAUCGUUUAUUGGCAAUUCAGAUCUGUGUGGCCUACAAGUGAACAAGCCUUGUCAAACAUCCCUCGGAUUUCCUGCUGUAUUGCCUCAUGUUGCUAGUGACGAGGAAAUAGCUGCUUUGGCGACCACCCUUUUCAGCAAAUGCUCUAUUGCUCUCAGCCCAGAUGGUAUUUCCCCCUUUUUUUAG